AUGAAAUCCCUUACUGACUGUUUAUAUUUUAUGAAUGGCCAUUGUAAAUUUGGAGAACAAUGCCACUUUCGUCAUUCUCUGAAAGCGAAAAAACAAUUAACUCAAUGCGUUAAAUGGCCUGAUCUAUGCCGUAAAAUCCAAUGCUCAUUUAGACAUCCUGUCAUUAUGGCACAACCAAAAGUAACAACAUCAAAUUCAUUGAAACCAUUAACGUCGAAAGAUAACUUAGUUAGUUUCUUUUGGAAUAUUGAAAAUGUUCCUAUACCUAAAGAACAAAAACCUUUUGAUAUUAUUCAACGUAUUCGAAAAAAACUUGUUGCUGAACCUGGUUUACAAGAAGCUACUUUCUCUUGUUUUUGUAAUAUAUAUACGAUAUCAAACGACAAUCAACAAAGUUUACAUAAUGCAACUGUUCGUAUUAUUCAUGUACCUGAUCGAAAACCAGGUGCAAUUGAUCGACAAAUCAUGCUAGAAUUAGAUCGUUUUGAACGUGUUCAUCGUCCACCUGCUACUAUUGUCUUAAUUUCUGGUGAUAUUGAUUUUGUUGGAAAAUUAAGUGAUCUUCGUCAUCAAGCAGGAUUUCAAGUCAUGGUUAUACAUAAUAAACCAGCUACAGAAGAAUUAAAAGCAACUGUAAAUGCUUAUUAUUCAUGGGAACUUUUCACCAAUAAACAAACAACAAUGCCAAUUACUCGCGAUUCUCAUUGUAAUAGAAACCAACGUGAAUAUGAAUCAGCAAAUUGUACAAAUGGUAAGAAAAUGAAACGCAAAAACGUGUCUCAAGGUUGUCCUAUAUGUGAAGCUGAAUUUAACACAAUUGCACAGCUUCGACAACAUCAAGAAGAUACAACUCAUUUAUUCAAUUGUCCCGGAUGUAAUCAUGACUUUUAUACCCAGGAAGGUCAACUUCAACAUCAAAAAGCUAAGAAUCAUGGUCAUUAUGAUGACAAACAUAGUUCUACUCAAAUCUACACUACUGAUUGGUCACAUGUGAACAAAAAGAUUGAUGAUGAAGAUGCAUAUUCUUCAGACAGUUGGUCUACUAUACCGGAUACGGAUAAUAGUAAUUAA